UAGGAGGCAGGAGACGGGGCGGAGUCGGACUGAAGGCUGGGAGAGGCACGGUGUCCAGCAUCGGGGUUCUCAGAGCUCUGGAUACACCCGGAGGGGAGCAGAGGGAGAUGUGGCAGCCAGCCAGCGAGAGACUACAGCACUUCCAGACCAUGCUAAAAUCCAAGCUGAACGUAUUAACCCUUCGUAAAGAGCCUCUCCCAGCUGUGAUUUUCCAUGAACCAGACGGCAUUGAGCUGUGUACUACAACUCCUCUCAUGAAGACUCGAACGCAUGCAGGAUGCAAGGUCAUAUAUCUGGGCAAAGUUUCCACCAAUGGACUUCAGUUUACAUCUGGGUGCACAGAACGGGCAGUGAUUGAGUUAUGGAAGAAGCACACGUUGACUCGCGAAGACAUUUUCCCCUCUAAUGCUCUCCUUGAAAUCCGCCCCUUCCAGGUACGACUCCAUCAUCAAGACCACAAAGGUGAAGCCACUGUCCACAUGGACACAUUCCAAGUGGCUAGAAUUGCCUACUGCACCGCGGAUCAUAAUGUGAGCCCCAAUAUUUUUGCAUGGGUGUAUAGGGAAAUAAAUGAUGAUCUGAGCUUCCAAAUGGAUUGUCAUGCAGUAGAGUGUGAGAGUAAGAUAGAGGCCAAGAAGCUGGCACAUGCCAUGAUGGUGGCCUUCAAGAAAACCUUCCAUAGCAUGAAGAGUGACGGCAGAAUCCACAAAGACAGUUCCUCUGAGGAAGUAUCUCAAGGAUUUGAGUCUGAUGAUGGCUGAAACUACUCACUUCCGGUUCCCGAAUAAGGCAUCAACAGUCUGGAGCAGCAGCAGCUGGUGACCGGUCUGUAUUGGGAAUGUAACCACAGAACGAUAACUGGCUAGCUUCCUACAGAGCAACGCAGCACCCAUAGAGGUGGAACUUUUGAAGUGUCUGUUACAAUGCUGCUUUCCCAAAAAAUGUGACAACACUUUCUCAUGUAUUCGUUAAUGCCUUUAAUUGGAGCUUGACUGUUUUAAAGGUUUACUCUGUUAAGUUGACUUGGAAAUCCAUUGAUCCGUUGCCAUUCCAGAAUGAGUGGAUGAGUAUUUUAGAUUGAACAACAAUCUCCUAUAUUCAGCACAGAUUCAGGAGCAAACCUCUUAUUAAAAGGAAAAAGAAAAAGAAACAAAAAAUGCUCUUUUAAACAGUUCAGAAGCCUAUUUUUAUUUACACAGUAUAUAUAGUAUAUAUUUUUAUUUUACCCAUUUUAUCAGUUUUUUUUAUCAUACAUGCAACCACUUAUCUACCUUUGUUUAUACUUAAUAAUCCUGGCAGGUUUUGGCAACAGGUAUCUUUGCUGUGUACAAAGGCUUUAGUUAAAUAUUGUUGUAUAGCAUAUUAGUAUGAAGUAAUUUCCAUCCCCUGAAAUAACUUCAAACCUUUAGUACUGAAGUAACAUUGAGCUGGUGGUCAUAUAUCCAUCCAGAAAUAAACCACGUGCACAGCCUGAAAUUGAUCUUUCACAGCAUAAACCUUCAUCAGAUGAAUCCAAGACUUAAACCCUGUACUAGAAGACUAUAAACAGAUUUGUCAUUUUACCACCAAUUGUAAAACCCUCUUAAACCUUGACAUGCUUUAUUGCCGUAAGCAGUUAUCAGUCCCUGUCUGUGUCAUACUCUCUGUCUGGAAGCUUUUUAUGAAUAGGACUUCCUUUUCUUAUAAAAUUGUACAUUGCCAUGCCAAGUCCUCCUGCCACUUUUCAUUGUCAGAGCCAGGAUUUAUACAAUGUACUCUUUUAGACAUGUUUCAAGUCCCAUCAUGCAUGUAAAAUGCCAUGAUCUCAAUAAUAACAAAAAUAAAGCAAUAGGAAAUGUGUAUCAGUGUAUUUGUACCUUCACUUUAACUUCAUAAUUUUGCUCUGGACUAUAUAUAUUAUUGAUAAAGUCACAAAUAUGGUUAUCCUAGGAUUACCCGGGUAAAACGGUUAUUACCCAAGUGACUGUGGGUAAAGCCCGAUGUAAGAUCAAAAAUCCCCUCAGAGUGCAUGCGCUUCGAGUCACUGCAUCAAACAUAUACACAAUGCACUGUAAUUUCCCCCAUCUUCACUAUCUUUAUGGCCUCCGCAUGGGGUGUUCAAAGGGGGCAAGGUCCCCCCUAAUAAACCUCAUUCCCCAAGGUUCACUUGUGGGUGGAUGUCAGAGGUUCUGUGGGGCGCCUACCUUGAACCCCCCAGGCAGAGGCAAAAGAAAUAGUGUAGAUUGGGGAAUUACAGUAUAUUAGGCUUUACCCACAGCCACUUGGGUAAUGUCAGUUUUACCCGGGUAAUCCUAGGAUUACCCAGAUAUCUUACUUUACCCGUAACAUAUAUAUUCCAAAUAUAAAUAAAUAUAUAUAUAUAUAUAUUAUUUUAUUUUUUUAUUGGUAGCUAAUUUACUAGUUACUGAUUUGGAGACAUAAUGAUGUGAAAUGGUUAAAUUAAAAGUUCACAGAGCAUUUUGACAAUUUGGUAGAAGAGACACGUGUAAUCUAGUAUUAAUCUGUGUAUAUAAGGUGCAGAAAUAAAGCUAUUGCCUGCUAUCUAGCAGUUUCAGCUUUGUGAGAACUUUUCCCAUGUGUAAUAUCUUAAGCCUCCGUUAAUAUAUUUAGUGAACAAAAACUGGAUCAAUUUUACAAUUGCUGUGUUAUUCCGUUAGACUUCUUCCAUUUUGAAUUAAACGUUCCAGUUCUCUGAGAUACCAGUACUUAUGUUUGUAGGGUGAUUACAUAGUGUGUCAACGGUUAAAAAAAAAAAGUGUAACACUCUUUUAAUGGGGGUCUUCAACUUCAACCCUUAGAACCCAAUAACAGGGCAUAUUUGUAGGAUUAUCUUGGAUGUAAAUAGGUUAUUUAAAGUCACAAAGAAGGCAGGAUCCAGCUUGUAUGAAAUAAAAUCCAUGGUUUAUUAGGCAUAAUUAAAACACCUUGUAGGUUAUUUAACCACAAUGUUCUAAACAGGUGGUUAUAUCACCAGUACCGUAAGAUACCUCAGGCCUGUUAAUAGGUCCUGAUAAAUGGAAUUGAAGAUCUUUGGAUACUGUACAGCAAUAGUGCAAAAUACGUUCAGCCUGCCUGUCAUACUGCAGUGCUAACUUGUUAAUUGUUCACAAAUUUCUUAAUGUAGUCAUCAUCCAGUAAGGUUACACUUCUAGCAUCUGUUGCCAUCAGUAAGAACAGGGCUGUCCAACUAGGAGUUGUAAGCUCCAUCUUGUCCACAAGAAUAUUUUUUUUUCUUUGUAUCCCAUCGAUCGCCAAAUAGCGUUUGUUCAAACCUCUCUAAUCAUUCUGUAUCAGGUAAGUUAGUGGCAAAAAUAUAAAGAUAUAUAUAUAUAUAUAUAUAUAUAUAUAUAUAUAUUUUUUUUUUUUUUUUUUAAAACGCACACAAAAAAAAGAGCAAUUUCCUUAAAGGGACAGUAAAGUCACAAAAAAUAGUUCAUAAUUUAAAUAGGGCAUGUAAUUUUAAACAACUUUCCAAUUUACCUUUAUUACCAAUUUUGCUUUGUUCUCUUGGUAUUUUUAGUUGAAAGCUAAAUCUAGAAGGUUCAUGUGCUAAUUUCUUAGACCUUGAAGACUGCCUCUAAUCGGAAAGCAUUUUGACAGUUUUUCACCACUAGAGGGCGUUAGUUCAUGUGUUUCAUAUAGAUAACAUUGAGCUCCGGCACGUGAAGCUCCUAAGAGCAAGCACUAAUUGGCUAAAAAUGCAUGUCUGUCAAAAGAACUGAAAUAAGGGGGCAGUUUGCAGAGGCAUAGAUACAAGGUAAUCACAGAGGUAAAAAGUAUAUUAUUAUAACUGUUGGUUAUGCAAAAUUGGGGAAUGGGUAAUAGAGGGAUUAUCUACCUUUUUAAACAACAAAAAUUCUGGUGUUUACUGUCCCUUUAAAUUCCUGUCAGACCAUUAGAUUUAAAGGAAUAUUAUACUUAAAACAUAAAUAAUAAUUAUAUGACAGAGCUCUAUUUAAAUGUGUUAAAAUGGAAAGGUUGGCGCUGCGGAAUCUGUUGGCGCUCUACAAAUACCUGAUGAUGAUGAUGAUGAUGAUGAUGAUGAUGAUGAUAAUAAAAAUAAAAGGUUAAAGCAGUGGUUAUCAAACUUUUUGAUUAGUGGCGCACUGUAAAACAUUUGAUAAGUUGUUCAUGGUACAGAUAUAGCGUAAGAGACUGUUCAGUUUACUUUGUUCUCUUUGCAUACCUUAGUAGGCUCAUGAGAAGCAAUGCACUACUGGGAGCUAGCUGGUCAUUUGUUACUACACGUAUAUGUCUCUUGUCAUUAGCUAAUGUUUUCAGCUAGUUUCUAGUAGUUUGUUGCUGCUCUGGGGUUAAAUAUAGUUACAUACAAACAAUGGUGCAACAAAAUUUUUUUGUUUUGCACUAUUUAUGUCACUUUAAAGGGAUGUUUCAUUGUUGUAAGAAAAAAAGCACUAAGCUGUGUCUUAUACUUAAUAGAAAUAAUUGCAAUAUGUAUUAUUCAUCUAUUGAAAUGGAUUUUAACUUUUCUUUAUUUUUUCCUCUACAUUUGUGCAGUGUCCUUUACUUCUUGUCACAUCCUUACAAGGAGGAGGGGCUUCUGCAGAAAGGUUUAUCUUAGCCUGAUGUCAGAAAACUUCUAGACUGGUUACUAUUAAGUGAAUAGACUGAUAACAGGGAGUCAGACUUGCUCAGGCCUAGAUCAGUCAGAAAGUAACCUAAGUUUCAAUAUGUCAGCUCCCAUAUUACACUGGGGGCAGGGACUACACUGAGAAUUUCUUAGUGCUCAUAAUGCAAGAAAACAAGUACAUUGUUUGUUGUUUUUUACACAAUCGUCUUUUUUUUUUUUUUUUUUUUUUUAGUUUACUUCGGUAAAAACAAAUAUGUUAAAUCAAAGGAGCACUUUUUAAUAUCCCUUUAAGUUAAACCUAUCUUGUUCACAACAGCAAAAAGUGUACUGAUUUGUGGGUUUAAAAGGUGGCUAAAUAGCUAUAUUUGUGGACAGUUAACACACAUAAGCAUAUAUAUAAUGCCCUUUUUUUAGAUGCAACCAAUAAAGUCUCUUUAAAUAUAUGACCAUCCACAAAAAACGUUAACAAUGAUCUGAAUGCAUGAAAAUCCAUGCAGAGAUUUAUAGCAAAAAUGAAUAGAAUCAUUCUAAACAAUUUAGACAAAGGCAAGCUGGAUUGUGGAACUAGAUAUCCACUGCUGGCUGAUAUAGAGGACUUGAAGACUCCCAUUAACAUCUUUAUGUCUUUGUUGCAGUAUUUUUUUUUUGUGUGCGACUCUCGCUUGACACUUGCUUUACAAUAAAAAUUGCAUUCAUUUUUUUAACUUUUUUUUUUAAUUAGACUUCCAUAAACGUGAAGUAAAGUCUGAUGCAUUAGAAUAUAUAAGCUUCUGUACAUAGACAAUUUUAUGAAAUUAUAUUCCUUAAUAUGAUGUAUGUUUUGUUUUUUUCUCCAAAUGUUUAAUUGGUCACUGUGAAUGUGUCAAAGUUCUAUAUGCUGGAACGUUAGAUGACUUAUAUGUGUGUAACAUGGAAAAAUGUCUUCCCCACCCAAAAAUGAGCUAUUUUAUUUGUCAAUGACUGCUUUUUCAUAUAUAAUAAAAUGUAUUAUUUACAAAAGGUAAAAUAUAGACCUACUAUUUACCAUAA